CUUAAGGCGGAGCCUGGGCGUUCUGGCAGCGCUGGAGCCAGGCAGCAGAGCCAAGCUGGGCUGGCACUCACCCACGACCCCCCUUCCCUGCUAUGAUGGCCCGUCACUAGCAGGUUCCAGACCCCCCGGGGGCAUGUAGGCAGAGCUGGCGGCAGCCAGGUGCGCAGAGCCACAAGCGCUCUAGGGCACUCUGGGGGCAGCUCUGCCUGCUGCGCUCUCUGGUGCCUGGGGAAAUGCCCAACUGACGGGCGAACUGGUGAGGACAAGAACGUUCCCUUUUGGCCCGAGUCUGCUGCAUCCAUGGCGCUGCCAGCCAGUCUGGUGCCCCUGUGCUGCUUGGCACUUCUGGCGCUGCCGGCCCAGAGCUGCGGUCCGGGCCGGGGGCCGGUUGGCCGGCGCCGCUACGUGCGCAAGCAGCUGGUGCCGCUGCUCUACAAGCAAUUUGUCCCCAGCGUGCCUGAGCGGACCCUGGGCGCCAGUGGGCCAGCCGAAGGGAGGGUGGCAAGGGGCUCCGAGCGCUUCCGGGACCUGGUGCCCAACUACAACCCCGACAUCAUCUUCAAGGAUGAGGAGAACAGUGGAGCAGACCGCCUGAUGACCGAGCGUUGUAAGGAGCGGGUGAACGCGCUAGCCAUUGCCGUGAUGAACAUGUGGCCCGGAGUGCGCCUGCGGGUGACCGAAGGCUGGGAUGAGGACGGCCACCAUGCUCAGGACUCACUCCACUACGAAGGCCGUGCCUUGGACAUCACCACGUCCGACCGCGACCGCAAUAAGUAUGGGUUGCUGGCGCGCCUGGCAGUGGAAGCCGGUUUCGACUGGGUCUACUACGAGUCCCGCAACCACGUCCACGUGUCGGUCAAAGCCGAUAACUCACUGGCGGUCAGGGCAGGCGGCUGCUUUCCGGGAAAUGCCACAGUGCGCCUGCGGAGCGGCGAGCGGAAGGGGCUGAGGGAACUGCAUCGCGGGGACUGGGUGCUGGCGGCAGACGCGACGGGCCGGGUGGUGCCCACGCCGGUGCUGCUCUUUCUGGACCGGGACUUGCAGCGCCGGGCCUCUUUCGUGGCUGUGGAGACCGAGCGGCCCCCGCGCAAGCUGUUGCUCACGCCCUGGCACCUGGUGUUCGCCGCUCGCGGGCCGGCGCCGGCGCCAGGCGAUUUUGCACCGGUGUUCGCGCGCCGGCUGCGCGCGGGGGACUCAGUGCUGGCGCCCGGCGGGGACGCCCUUCGGCCGGCGCGUGUGGCUCGCGUGGCGCGGGAGGAAGCCGUGGGGGUGUUCGCGCCGCUCACAGCGCACGGGACGCUGCUGGUCAACGACGUCCUGGCCUCUUGCUACGCGGUUCUGGAGAGUCAUCAGUGGGCACACCGCGCGUUUGCUCCUUUGCGCCUGCUGCACGCGCUGGGGGCGCUGCUUCCCGGCGGGGCCGUCCAGCCGACUGGCAUGCAUUGGUACUCUCGGUUCCUCUAUCGCUUGGCGGAGGAGUUGCUGGGCUGAGCACUCCAGGCAUAGAAACCUCGAGGCGCCCGCCGAAAAGGGGCGUGCGGGCUGAGAUCUGGGGAUGUGGGCAGCAACCGAUGCUGAUUGGGAGGGAGGGAAGAAUGGGGAGAAAAAUGGAGGCGAUACGGGACUGCCUGGUUUAGGGGUAACCUCCAACCGUAAAGAGAUGAUACCGGGUCUUAGGUAGGUGGAGUAGAUGGUGGUUACUCCUUGACGGGGACUAUUUCGCCUCUUCUGCCCCGGUGCCUCAGCCCCACCUGAUUAUUUUAUUUUAUUUUCUAUUUAUAAAUUGUAAUAUAAUGAUCUGCUUGCCCAGCCUGGCAAGAUGAGGGGCUAGGGCUUGGAGUUAACACUGUCUGACACAGCCAGCCAAUGUGACGUCCGACAUUCCCACAGGGGGGCUAAUAAAGGGAAGGCUUCCAGGAGCUUAUUGGAAAACAUCUCUAUUUAGAGGGUGAUUCACCUCUGGAAGUGGGGAGGAAGGGGACCAACCUGGUGUCAAUCCCUUACUUCCGACUCCUCCCUUCUUCCCCAGCAGGUGUUCCUGCUCUUCUUCCUCCCCACUGAGGGGGCAUCCCAAUCAAUCAGCAACAGAGACCAGAAGAGUCAGUCGUGCCCUUUUCUGGGCUCCUAGUCCCUUCUCCCACCCAGAGAGGACCAGCAUUCUGUCCCCACGGUUGCAUACGACUGUUGGAGGGUCCAGGGUUGUCGAACAAGGGAGAGGGCCCUUGUGGGUCCUUUCUAUGUUCAUAGCGACUCCAGCAGGGACUCAGGCCAUUGUGGGUACUGAAUGCAAAGAAUUCUGACCCCCUGACCAUUAGCCUGCAGUCCUGAGCCCUUUCUCAAGGUCAUGAAUCAGCCUAGCCCACAUCCUACCCUUGUGUCAGGGUCUGGAUGGGGCCGAUGUUUUUUUCUGGAAUGUCACUGGACUCACUGAUGACCAGUGGGAAUCUCUAGCUAAUUCAUAACUGAUAGUCCCCACACACUCUUGGUCAAGAGAAAGAACCCGGACAGAGGGCUGGAACCUAUCCCUCCUGAAGGGUUGCUCACAGAGACUGGCUUCAGCCCUGUUAUAUUGGGGGAAAAUAGGCUCUCCAAGCAAGGGCAUGUAGGAAGUAAAACCAGAGCCCCUUCCUGGUCACCA